AUGGCUUUUCAUAAUUGCCCUGCUUCUUUUUGGCGUUCUUUGAAUGUGGUUCCUUGUCAUCAGAACUCCAGAGUUGAUAUGUGUUCGAAUAUUUGGGUGUUCGUUCAUCCUGUUGUUUCUGUCAGAAUUGAGUUAUCUACUGAUCAGGUUGUUUUAUUGAGUUGUGUUUGGCUUCAUCAUAACUUUAGAGUUGCUGUGGUUCACGGCUCAAACUCUCAUAUUGAACGGCGCACUCUGUGGCUGGAUUUGCUGAAUUAUUUUGAUGGUCAGACGGUUUUCAUUGGUGAUUUCAAUGCUGUUAAGGGAGCUCAUGAACGGAUUAGCUCCCGUCUCCCAAAUGCAGCCGCUUGCAGAGAGUUCAACGAUUUUAUUGCUGCUUCUGGGUUUGUGGAACCCCAGACUUCUGGUCUUCGAUUUACUUGGUCGGGCCGGAGGUUUAUGCCUUCUCAUGUUGAGUCAGUUCUUGACAGGGCAAUUAUUUCGACUUCUUUUUUCGAUAAAUGGCAGUCUAUUACGUCACAUGCUCUUCCCCGUGUGACGUCUGAUCAUGCGCCGUUGGUGCUUAUUUGUUGUCAAGCUAAGCAGACUAGUCGUUGUUUCUUCAAGUUCUUACAUAUGUGGACUAGUCAUCCGGAUUUUGAGAGUUUCGUUGAAAAAUCUUGGCGGGACACGGUGGACACGCGAUGUCCGAUUUAUAGGGUUAUGUUUAAGCUUAAACGGCUGCGAAAAGAGCUGCAAAAUUGGAAUAGAACUGUCUUUGGGAAUGUUGAUAUUUCAAUCGCUACUGCGCAGCAGGAGUUAUUGGAGAUUCAGGCUCAGAUUUCACAGGAAGGAUAUACGGAUGCGCUUUUUGACGCUGAGGUUUUAGCUCAGGCGAAAAUUAAUGUGUCUUUAUCCAGAAAGAAUAGUCUGCUUCGUCAGAAAUGUAGAGUCAAGUGGCUGCAUGAUGGAGAUCGGAACAACUCGUUUUUUCACUCCCUGCUUCGUUACAAAAAGAGAUCUUAUAUGAUUGCCCAUCUUGAGAUUAAUAAUAAGAUGGUUUAUGAUCAGGAGGAGAUUGGUGGUCAUAUUGUCCAGUUUUUUACUAGUCUCUUUGCUGAAGAUCAGACAGCGGAGGUGGAUAUUGUGAAGAUUGAGGCUGUAAUUGAGCACACGGUUUCUUCGGCUCAGAAGGCCUUACUGUCUAGGAUUCCUGAUCAGGAGGAGAUUACUGCUGCGGUUUUUGACAUGGAUCCACAAAGUGCUGCGGGUCCGGAUGGCUUCUGUGGUCGUUUCUAUCAUGCUUGCUGGAGUAUCAUUAAGCAGGAUAUCUGGGAGGCUGUUAGGAAUUUCUUUGUGGCUUCCUAUCUUCCGACGGGUUGCAACUCCAAUACUUUGAUUCUCAUUCCGAAGAAAGAGACGGUGAAUUCAGUUACUGAUCUGAGUUUUGGCUACGAGGCUGAGCGGUGUGGCGGCGGAGUUGGUCUCCAAGCACCAGUUUGGUUUUGUUAG